AUGGCGAGCUUUCUCCUUCUCCUGGAAUUGGGCGUCACCUACUUUGUUUGCCGAGCAAUCUAUCGCCUCUACUUCCACCCUCUCGCCAAGGUGCCUGGCCCCAAGCUGGCUGCGCUGACCACAUGGUACUGCGCUUACUACGACAUCAUCGAGGGCGGACAGUAUGUGUGGAAGAUCAAGGAACUCCACGACCAGUAUGGGCCGGUGGUGCGAACCAUGCCCGACGUGGUCCACGUCAACGACCCGGCGUUCAUUGACAAGCUGUACACCCAAUCGCCCCAGCAGGUGCGAGAGCGUCCGUGGACCGUUUUGAAUAUGUUCACGACGCACCUCUCCAUGCUGCCGACUAGGGACCAUUAUCUUCACCGCCGACGACGAGCUCUCAUCAGCAAGUUCUUUUCCCAAGCCAAUGUUCGGAAACUCGUCCCCGUAGUCAACGACACCUUGGAGGACCUGCAUCGCCGGUUUGAGGGCUGGGCCAAGGAGGGCAAGCCCGUUGUGAUGAGGGUGCCCUGGCAGGCGGCCACAAAAGAUGUCAUCGCCGCGUAUGCUUUUGGCGGCGGCGUCAAGUGCCUCCAAAUGGAAGACUGCAACCAGCCAUUUUUCCAACUGCUGAAUCAAGAACGCGCCAGCAAGGUCCCCGUCCACUUCUAUUGGGUCAUGCAAGCUAUGAUCAAGAUACCCCCUUCCAUCAUGAACAAGCUGAACCCUGCUAUACCGCACUUUGAACGGUUUCUCGGGGAUUUGGGGAAGAUCAUUGAGAGCAUUCGAAAUGACAAGGAAACACCCGAGCGCAGCACUAUCUUCCACGACAUCCUACGCAGCGAUGUUGCCGAGUCAGAGAAGGCGACGCCGCGCAUGGUGGAUGAGGCAAUGGUGCUUGCCAUCGCUGGCUCGGACACCACAGCGUUGACCAUGGUAGCCAUCUGCUACGAGAUCCUCACACAACCCAAGAUCUUCAAACGUCUUCGUGCGGAGCUGGACUCGGUGAUGCCAGAUGCCACGCAACCUCCUGACCCCGUCAAGCUCGACAAUUCGCCUUAUCUGAACGCCCUCAUCGAGGAAGCGCUGCGUUUCUAUCCCUCCGCAUCCCACAGGCAAGACCGCGUGGCGCCAAACGAGGACCUCGUCUACGAGUACACCGACGGCAGGACACUCACACUCCCAAAGGGCUCCAUCAUUGGCAUGACAGCGCCCCUCGUGAACCGCCACCCGUCGCUCUGCGAUGACCCCGACACAUUCGACCCUGACCGCUAUAUCCAGGACCCCAAGCUAAUGCACCGACACUUGACGUUCAACAAGGGCGCAAGGCAGUGUCUCGGUAUGAACCUGGCGUAUCAGGAGCUGCAGACCUUUACGGCCGGAGUCUGGAGGAAGUACGCGCCCUACGAUCCCAGCAAGAAGGUGCAGGGUGGUCCGACUAUGGAGCUCUAUGAGACGACAAAAGAGGAUGUCGCUAUGUGGUCGGACUUUGUCACGCCCAGUCCCAAGCCUGGGAGCCCGGGCGUGCGGGUCAUCGUUCGGUUGGAGUGAGGGCAGCUUGGACAUGUUGGAACUCGUCUGGCGUCUUGGACUUGACUGCGUCUUGGACUUAGCUUUGAGAUCUCGUCUGAUGGGCACGUUGAAACUCCUCUCUUCUUACACAUACAUCCCUCUAGGAACAAAUGGAGUUCCUUGUCGUGCCACGUGCAUAUCAUGAUCGAUUGGGGUGAGGUUUGGCAUGUCUCUAUCACCUUUUUUUAGCAUGCCAGAGUGAUUCAGCCAUGAUUGAGCCAUUGUCGUGGGCUCAAAACCAACGGAUUAACCAAGUCUUUCACCAUACACAAAGUACACAAAGUUUGCAUUCAAGUGCCAAUAUCAUGUAACCAUCAUUGCUCUCAAUUCAAACAACAUACAGCUAAA